GCUACAAUCAUGGUAAGAAUUAUGAGGACAGUUAGCUGAAAACUAUAAUAUGAAUGUUCAUAUAAACAUCUUGGCAUGCUUGGGACCUCGCUAUUGCAGUUCCAGGGGACGGAAAUUUCAAGUGACGUAUUGUAGAACUGACCGGGAACCGUUGCGAGAAAGGCCUGGAUCUUUUGCCUCUGGCCCUGUGCGGCUCUGCCCUUAGCCUGAAAGCUUACUCUUCUGUCUAUUUCAGGGAGACGAUACAACAGUUGAUAACGAAGAGAAUUGGCACAGAUAAUUUCCUGGACCGUAUUCAGCAUAUUUAUAAAACUGAAUAUUACACACAAGCCUCGAAAGCACCUGAGGUAAGCUUCUUUCUAUUAUACUGUACCUAGCUUUUAACCAUAUAAUUAUAUCUUAUAUAGACUAGAUAGCGCAUCUCUUUUAGUAAAAUUGAAGCCAAGAAUAUUCCAGCGGUUACCUCCAUUUGAAUAGAUGGCGGCCAUGUUGGAGUUUCCCACUCGAAUAGUUUGAAAAUGUAUUUGGAAUAGGUUUAACUUAAUGUUUAAGUUCCCUGUUUAAGAAAUAGAAAACAUACGAGUCUUCUCAUUUCAUGAGACUGCAAUGACGGCUUCAAUUUUUGAAUUGCAGAAUAAUUAGAUGCACUAUCUAGUGUAUAUAAGAUAUCUAUGGUUUCCACCGCUGAACUAUAUACAUAUAUCUGGAGCAAGAACUUCAGUCAUGAAGCCAAGAUGGCGGCCACCCAAGGGCGGAUUUUCAUUUAUUUAAAAGAAGGAGUAGGUGGGGUGCAAGCAGCUGGUCUGGUGGGGUGCAAGCAGCGCCACUCAGUGAGCUUCGGCAGGGGUUAGGCCUUUGGAUUAAAGCUUUUUACACAAAAUAGGAGGGGUGAAGCGAAAUUUUGGUUGGGUUGAACACUUUAUUAGAGGGGUUAGAGAGAUUCUAGGGACGGGGGGAGGUUAACCCCCUAACCCCGCCAGUAAAUCCGCCCAUGCGGCCACCAGUGGAGAGAUUUUGUUCAGAAGGACUUUCAUUUUGUUUAUGAAUGAUCUUUCGUCUUUUUAGAUUCAAACAAGCUCCGCUGAAGGUGUUUUCUUCGACCAUGAAUUUACCAAACUUUUUAAAAAAUUAGAAGGUAUUGAAAUUCAGUGUGUAUAGGUUCAUUUCCACUCGAGAAAAUUUUUCAAGGAACAAAAAAUUUUUCGAAAAUAUCAAUGUUAAAAGUUGAAAAUUUUCAACUUCAAAAUUAUUUUUCCGACGGAAAAUUUGUAUCGGCCAAUCACAUUUUAGAAAUUUUCUUUCUGCGGAAAAUUUUCCUGAGUGGAAAUAUGGGCCUUAUUACAAUACAACACUUGCUAGAAUGAUAUGUAUUAGCUAUGAUGGAAAUAUGUCUCUACUUCAAGGAGAGAUGACAUCUCCCUACUGUGCCUUCAACCAUGAUAACUUUUUAAUUCAUUCUAGCUGCUGUGAGUGGAGCGAUGGAAGGAGGUCCUGGGAACGAGACUUCGCAACUAGCGUCCAGUCCCGUGGCGAGCGCUCAGAACCAGGACUCUGUAAUUGCCUCGUACAAGGAGCUGAUUAAAGAUCAGGUAAAUAUAUUUUUAAAUCACAGACUAACAUUCUUGCUUGGUCAACCUGCAUUGUCCCACAAACUCUCAAUUUCGUCUUAAUAUUAUUUUAGGAUGAGGAACUGGGGAAAAUCCGAGGAAGAUAUGGGGAACUGGAAACUAGUUAUACUCAGGUAUAUUCAAGCUCCUCAAAGACGGUUUCAUUCAAUAUUUUCAACUUUUGUAUCAACUAAAUAAUUACGUUAUUUUCCAUUUUUAUUAGUCUCAAAUACAUCUGCAGCAACAAGCUUUAGAAAUACAAAAACUGAAAGAUCAACUCAACAACAGAUUCCGUAAGUGAAUCACUAUAUUAUGUAACUUCCGAUUCAAAAUUUGAAAAUUUAAUACGAAUGAUGAUGUAGUGAUUCUGUGAAAUUGUAAUAGAUGUUUCAUUUUCCCAGAUCACGAGGAAAGUUCUGCGUCUCAGGGUGGAAACACAAACGAAGAUUUGGAAUCAUUACGUCAUUCAGUGGCAAAUCUUGAACAUAAUUUAAAUAACUGUCGACAAGAAAUUCACGACAAAGAAGACAGAAUUAAACAUUUGGUAAGAUUUGUGAAUUGGUGUAUUUUCACAUGGUGUUUAACACCGAGUCGGCUCCUUCAAACGUUUCUUACAAAUCCUUCAAAACUUAGAAUUUACAAAUGAAAAAUUCCUACUGUGAUCACAGAAACUUUGAUAGUGUAAACCGGCCAAUCUCGUGCCCAGAGCAAUGCCUGUGCGCGGGCUAGGAUGGCAUUGGCUCUGGGGAAAUUGACAACCGGAACCCCUAAAUUUAGGGGUUCCGGUUCUUUGUCGGCAUGCACGAUUGACAAACGUUAAACCAAUCACAGCACAGAAAAAAUUCAAUUUCCCCAGAGCCAAUGCCAUCCUAGCCCGCGCACAGGCAUUGCUCUGGGUACGAGAUUGGUGUCAACCAGGCUUAAUGCUGUUUUCCACUAGGCGGAAUUUUCCGCGCGGAGCGGAAUUUUUCUUUGUCUUGUGAUUUCUCGGGUGGAACUAAUUAGCCAUUCCGAAGUUGAUGAGAGGACUGGGGACGAGUGUUAAAAAGUGCCCAAAUUAAGAAAUGAACCAAAUCACUAAAAAGACCACCUCAAAAUUAGUAAGUAUACAAAGUUUGAAGACGUUUACAUGAAUACCAUUCGAAUAAUAAGCUUUCGGAAAUUGUGAAAUUACCGAUUAAAAGAUUGUAUUUGGGACGCGCGUCCCCAAAAAACAAAAAUUACAGUCCAUCGCGAUUUUCGAUAGCUUAUUAUUCGAAGGGUAUUCAUGUAAACGUCUUCAAACUUUGUAUACUUACUAAUUUCGAGGUGGUCUUUUUAGUGAUUUGGUUCAUUUCUUAAUUCAACCGUCUCGCUACUUCUAAAUGGGUACUUACCCAGUAUUCUAAAUUUUAGAAUGCGGGUAGUACCCGUGCUAGGUACAUACCUGAGCAAUCCUACCCCCAACCCAAACCCUAACCUCUGACCCCUAACCUCUAACCCCUAACCCCUAACUACUAAAGUGGUUUUCCCAACCCACGCCACCAACCACCAGUGCUGGUUACUUAUAUUUAUAAGUAAAACUUUUGCCCAAUGCUUGUGGUUUUGUCUUCAGUUGAAGUAGCCUCAGGUAUAUACCUAGCAUGGGUAUUACCCGCAUUCUAAAAUUUAGAAUAUUGGGUAAGUACCCAUUUAGAAGUAGCGAAACGGGUGCUUAAUUUGGGCACUUUUUAACACUCGUCCCCAGUCCACUCGUCAACUUCGGAAUGGCUAAUUAGAAAAGACAAAGAGCCUAGUGGAAAACGCCUUUUAAGUGAUGGUUACGUCAUUGACAUGUGCACUCGAGCAAAUUCAGGACGAAUCUCUUACUUAACUAUUUUUUCUUCAAAGGUGACAGCAACUAACAGGUGUUAGAUUAUCUUAAACAGGUCUUGAAUUCAUCGCGUAUUUUUCACUGAUUACUGAAUUUACUUUAUUAACCUAUUUGGCUUUGCUAACUACGAAAACGAUCGUAUAAUGUCUUAUAUUUUUUUAUAAAAUGUAACCUUGUUGUCGAGUGUUGUUGUUCGUCAAUGCGUUGAUAAAUGGCGGCAUGGAUAUCCGAUAUAAUCUGCGUCUCACAAAAUGUUACCAAAGUUUUUUGAAGCUAUACCACGGACGAGUUAUAACAAUUUCGGACAUGUCGUGUUGCUACUGUUCUUCCUUUGUGGCUUAACUAUCAUUCCAAUUGCGAACGAUUAUGACGCGAAGACCAACCUUCGUUGUAGUCCAUCAAAAGAAAUCACUUCGAGUCAUGAUUUUGUGCAAUUGACGUGUUUCUCUAAGUAUGAAGCAAUAUAUCACUGGAGGAUAUCAUUUGGCGUGCUUGUUCUUUUCAAUUUUGCUCUGAUCUUGGCAUUUUCCGUCUUCUAUGCAGCUUGGGCAAAACCCAUAGUUGAGAAAUGGGAUGGAACAGUAGUACGAGAAAAUGAUGAAACUGAGAACAAUAAAGAUAUUUCGUUGUUCCAUAUUUAUACGUCCCAUCUGCUUCUCACACGUUUCGUUCUCUUGUUACUGUUUGCUGCAGUUAUUUUUUAUCCCAUCAACUUUCCUACAGACUUUUCAUGUCCCUGGCGCCAUCCUCAGAACCACAUUCCUUGCGUGAACAUCAUGGCAGCAAAAAAGACGACUUUAGCGAAAGCGGUGGCCAUUAUCGAUGUGGUUUUUGGUCUGUUUGCUCUCGCCGAAGUGGUUUAUAUCUUCCGUUGGAAACGUAGAAACGAGGAAUUUGGUGUUAUUGAAGAUAUGGAAUUUUGUUCGGUUUAUAUUUUACAACGACGGGAAACUAUUGGUAGCAUUAUCCACAAAAUAAGGGAUUCACAAAGAGAGGACACUAAUUUCUUUAUAAAACUUAUGAUUCAGGAGAAUAGAAGCGACGACGAUGGUCAACAAAGGCACGAAAUCUACGAUGUACCUCGGGACAAACAGUUGAAUGACCAAAUUAACAACAUCGAAGAUAUUUUUAAACCAAUCAAAAACCAUAGUACUGAAACCCCGCGACGAAUUCUGAUUGUCGGAAGACCUGGUAUUGGAAAGACUGCGCUCACAAAAAGGAUUCUCCAAAAAUGGAAAAGUAAAACGGUCGAUUUCUGGAAAGGAAAACUAGUGAUACGUUUUGCAUUUCGUACGUUUAAUCAUGACAAAAAUCAAGAACUAAAUCUUUCAACCCUGUUAUCGUACGGCGAUGAAGCAAGCGGUGAAAGGUUGCAAGAUUUGUAUCAGUUUAUAAAGUUGAAUCAAAAGAAAGUCAUUCUAGUUUUUGAUGGCUUGGAUGAACUGGAUGUUAACCUCGAACGUUGUUGGCAAGAAGAGGAAGACACGCACAAUGAGACUGAACUGAACAUGUCUAUAUUUUCACUUUAUGUCAAGUUAAUACGACGCAAUUUCUUCCCAGAAGUCACCAUCGUCACAACCACACGACGAACGGCCGAAGAAGUCUACCGAGAUUUAAAUUUUGACAAGAAACUGGAAAUUUUGGGCUUCACUGAAGCAGAGAUUGAAGAUUACGUUAUGAAGUGUCCACAAUAUCGCAAUAUGAGCCAAGAGAUAUGGGGUAUAAUAAAACAGUCUGCAGAGUUAUUGAGCAUUUGUUAUAUUCCGGUUAGUUGUGAAAUAGUCUGUUCAACUUUGAAGGAAAGUAUUCCGUUUCAAAAGCAAGGAAGUGUGGCGCUAACUAUAACAGAGAUAUACAGACGAUACAUAACAACUAUGCUGUACAAACAUCAUAAAUUGUUUAAGGGAAAACGAAAAGAGAAAGGAUAUAUUUUGCCUGAGACAGAAUUGCCAGACCAACUGAAGAAUGAUCUUAGUCGACUGGCAAAGAUUGCUAAGUCAGCGCUUGAUGACAAAUGGAAUUUGGUGUUUAAACUUGAUAAAGAUUCUUCGAAUCUUGAAGAUUGUGGUUUAUUGGUAAAGAAAGAGGAUACAAACUAUAAUCUCUAUUCAUUUCCACAUCUUACAAUACAAGAGUACCUCGCUGCAGUACAUAUAUUUCAUGAUGUUGACACUGAUAUGGCGGACUUCUUAUCCAGCAAUAUCAAGGUUGCUAGGUGGCACCUGGUUAUACAAUUCCUCGCUGGUUUGAUCGGAAAUGAAAUCCGAUUAUUGCAAGGGGAAAAAUUGGAAAUGGAUGAGAUGUCAAGAAAGAAGAAAGAUGAAUUAGUUAAGAUUGUGUAUGAUGGGUAGGUUUAAAACAUACUAAACUAACUUUAUAUUGGAUAGCUCUGUUAUAAACUGUUCUCCCUGGAGAUCCAGUAAGAGUCAUCUCUUAUUGCUCCAGUGUUACUACAGGAGGAAACCUAAACUAAACUAACUUUAUUUAUACUGGAUAACUUUAUCAUUUCUAACUGUUCUCCCUAGAGAUCUAGUAAGGAUCAUCUCUUAUUGAUCCAGUGUUACUACAGGAGGAAACCUAAACUAAACUAACUUUAUGUAUACUGGAUAGCUCUAUCACUUCUAAACUGUUCUUCCUAGAGGUCCAGUAAGGAUCAUCUCUUAUUGAUCCAGUGUUACUACAGGAGGAAACCUAAACUAAACUAACUUUAUUUAUACUGGAUAGCUCUAUCACUUCUAAACUGUUCUUCCUAGAGGUCCAGUAAGGAUCAUCUCUUAUUGAUCCAGUGUUACUACAGGAGGAAACUGGAAUACCAGGAGGAAACCUGUGGUGUUAAAUAGAGUCAAACUGGAAGCACUUUUCUCACAUGUGGCCGAGGUGAAAUUAUAAUCAGGCAUGUACAAGUUACUGACGCUGCAGAGACGAAAGGUGCAUGUACUAACUUCUAAGUGAUCUUAAUUAUUACACUGAAACGUUAAAAUGUUGUAAAUAAAAGUAUAUCGGUGGCUAUGUAGCUCUACAAUCACGCAUUCUUGUCUUUGUUCAGGUUUGUGAAAUUGGUUAUUCCGUUGAAAGCAUCGGAAAAAACGGCAAAGAAUAUAGCUUUGCUCGCUGUGAAAUGUGUCCAUGAAAUUCAGGACGAUGAGAUCAGCAGGAAUGCAGCCCAGAAGCUUGAUGGUGAUGGGAACCGCGUCUUCUAUUUGUGGAAAUCAAAUAUAGCACCGAUGGACUGCAGAGGCUUGUUUCAACUUUUGAUUCAUGUGCAGAAUCUGAGGAAACUUAAUUUAGCACAGAAUCAAAUCUCUGAUCAUGGAGUGCUUGAGCUUUGCCACCUACUUAGAGAGAACCACCUUUGUGAAUUAUAUAUUUACAAUAAUUUGAUAACAGAUGCUGGUAUUACAGCGCUGUGUAGUGUUUUGACAGGAGCAGGGUCUUCGCUAUACCAUUUGAAUGUCAGUGGUAACAGCAUAACAGAGGAUGGCAUUACAGCACUGUGUCGUGUCUUGACAGGAGGACGGUCUUCGCUAUAUCAUUUGAGUGUCACUUGUAGCAUAACAGAAGAGAGUCUUCGGAUGUUGUGUGAAGCGCUAAAGCACGCAAACUGUAAGCUUACAUUUUUAGAUCUAAGUUGGUAUCCUGACAUUGCAUCUGAAAGUUAUAAACAUAUAUGGGAUGCCUUGAAACAUAAAAACUGCAAGCUCACUGUUUUGAGUGUUUCUUGGUCUCACAUGGGAGACGUUAGUGAUCUGUGUGAAGCGCUGGCACAUGAAAAUUGCAAAUUGAAAACGUUGCAUCUUGUAAAUUUUAUUGGUGGUUUUCGCGACCAUCGGCAACAGAUAGAACAAGCUUCACAUGUUUUCGGUUUUCAGUUGCUGUAGAUAGCAAGGAGUUCACUCUGUAAGGCCUCAUACACCCGCAUUUAAGGAAGGCAAAACAGGCCUGAUACUCGGGCUAGCAAAGCCUGCACAAAUGCCACGCUGCAAGUGUUUUCUGACCAAUGUCAUGUGAUUGAUAUUUGAAUGUUGAUGCAAGAUGGAGCGUAUUAAACCUUCCAUUUUUAGAUGGCGGCUUUCAACAUUCAAAGUCUUUUAAAUGAUACUAACAGAAUAUUUUUUGUGUAAAUAUGUAUAAUGUAAUAAUGAUUAAAUUUGUCAAGUAAUCGCAUAAUAAACAUCAAUUUGAAUUAAAUGCAUUAUAUGAAAUUUAGGUUUUAGUUUUUCUACUGAUGAAGAUCGGGACUUACAUAGUGUUUCCACAAUACAAAAUAAUUACAUUCAUCACCAUACCUACCUACAGGGAAUGUGUAGCUGUGUUUCACAAAGCACUAUCGUACAGCAGAUGAUGGUCAACCAGACUAGUGAGAAAAUAAUGUUCAUUCUUUUCAUUAUAUGUAGUAGUCUUGUAUUUGGAGGCAAAUAAAUAGAAUUGAAAAAUGUAGUUUCAUUUUCUUACUGUGUAAGUGCCGACAUUUCUGACGUUCACCAUCUGUUUAUGUAACACUUGUAAGGCCGACUUAUCCUGCACAACUUUUGCCUGAAACUGUGGGGCCAUUCACAAAGGAUGUCCGGCUAAAUGAUGGAUUUUCGGAACCCCCCCCCCCUUCCCCCUUUUCCGACAUUGUCCGAAUUAGUGACCCCCCCCUCCCCCCGGACAUCCGCCAUGCCUCGCAAAAACUCACGCAACCUUGUAUAUGUCAAGAGUAAAAAACUUUUUUACUUUUAGAACUUUUUUAUAACUAUAAAUGUGAAUACAAAAACAUAUAAAUUACUAAUUAAAACAAAAUCUAGUAUUAACCGCAUAGUCAAAAUGCCAAUUUCACAAUGGGAAGGAGAGUUCAAAAGAGAGGAAAAAGAAAUUUGUUUUUGAAUUUUUUUAAAAUUUCGGACAUCUGUAUUGCUAAAAAAAACCCUCCCCCCCCUAUGUCUGAGUUUGUCCUGAUUUUCCAAACCCCCCUCCCCCCCUCCCCCCCUCGGCUCGGACAUCCUUUGUGAAUGGCCCCUGUGUAAAUCAAGCACAUAACUCACCUACGUUGUCGUAAUAUAUAACCCAAUAAUUGUGUUUCGUUUUCUCAAGGAACGCGAGCUGGAGGUGUCCCAGGCUUCUUUAGCAGUUGCCAACGCUGCAUCAAUCUUAUCAGAACAAGACUCAAGUGGAGGAAAAUCAUUUUCCGAAGACAUGACGAACUUGGAGAUGAAUGAACUGCAACAAUCUAAAAUGGCGCUUAGUUCCUUACAAGAAGAAGUACAGUCUUUACGUGCUCAGAACUCGUCGCUUCGUGCCGAGCUAACGACACAGGUUAGAAUUAAGAUAGCUUUAUCUUGCAAUGCUCUAGCAGUUCUAAACUGUUCUCCCUAGAGGUCCAGUAAGAGUCAUCUCUUAUUGAUCCAGUGUCACUACAGGAGGAAACCUAAACUAAACUAUAUUUAUACUGGAUAGCUCUAUCAGUUCUAAACUGUUCUUCCUAGAGGUCCAGUAAGGAUUAUCUCUUAUUGAUCCAGUGUCACUACAGGAGGAAACCUAAUCUAAACUAACUUUAUUUAUACUGGAUAGUUCUAUCAGUUCUAAACUGUUCUUCCUAGAGGUCCAGUAAGGAUUAUCUCUUAUUGAUCCAGUGUCACUACAGGAGGAAACCUAAUCUAAACUAACUUUAUUUCUACUGUAUAGCUCUAUCAGUUCUAUACUGUUCUUCCUAGAGGUCCAGUAAGGAUCAUCUCUUAUUGAUCCAGUGUUACUACAGGAGGAAACCUAAACUAAACUAACUUUAUUUAUACUUGAUAGCCCUAUCAAUUCUGAACUGUUCUUCCUAGAGGUCCAGUAAGAGUCAUCUCUUAUUGAUCAAGUGUUGCUACAGGAGAAAACCUAAUCUAAACUAACUUUAUUUAUACUGGAUAGCUCUAUCAGUUCUAAACUGUUCUUCCUAGAUAUAGAGGUCCAGUAAGGAUCGUCUAAACUAAGCAACUUUAUUUCUACUGGAUAGUACUUUAUACUCCAGCAUGUAUUUAUGUUUCAGACACACGGUGGUGACUCGGAUAUUGUAGUGAAAAGUCUUGAAAGAAAAGUGGAUGAGUUACUGAAGAAUAUUCAAGAAAUUCGAGAAGAGAAGGAAGGUAUUGCAAGAGAACAAGACGAUCUGUUGGUUUUAUUGAGCGACCAGGAUGCCAAGUGUGCGAAAUAUAAGGUAAGGUUUUCGCAGGUAGUUCACACACAUACCAAAAACAGGGUUUUUUUCAGGGAUUUUUUAGGGCCGUCAAACGGCCCCACAAACCCAAUCUUGAAUUGAGUUUUGAAACUCAAUCUUCUUACUAAAGUUCCAGUGCAGUAAAAAUGAAGUUGUUUGAGUUAAAUUCGUGUUGUGUGGAAAUUAGUUUUCAGUUGGAAACCCGACAAUCAAGAAAAAUGGCUGGAAUUCAUCUCACAACACAAGAAAAACUAUGCCUUCGCCAUCUUUAACCAGUUUAUAGUGCCCCAGCUUUAACACAUUGCGUCUCAACUACAUUUAUUGAGUACAGGUGUCAGCCCCCCCCCCCCCCUCCGGUUGGGGGUGCAGCCACCCCAGUUGGCUAAACUCAAUCUUCUCUGCAAAAACGGACCCAAGAGAAAAUCCUGAAAAAAACUCUGCAAAAAGUAAGCUACCUGGAAAACAUGGAAUAUACUUCAAAUGGUUUGACAUGGUCAUUAUUUCUGCCCCCUUUGCCUUUACAGGAACGUUUAAAAGAAUUGGGCGAGGAUUUAGGAUCCGACGAGGACGAUGAUGAUGACGCGGACGAUAACGAUGAGGAAGAGGAAAGUGGGGAGAGUAAUGGGGGUGAGGGGGAGAACAGCCCGGGGGAAGAAAUAGCUGAAAAUACUGCACACAGUACUGACGAAAAACUGGACCCAAAUAAACUGGAUGGGGGAAACCAGGACUCGAAUAAAAACCUAGAUGGCGAAACUGCAGAUUGUCCUGAGGGACAAAGUGGGAUAGAGAAUAUGAAUGAUAUAGGUACACGUGAGGAUAUUAAGGAACCAAAUGAAGAAGUCCGUACCACAGGAGACCCCAGUGAUGUUAUUGAAAAUGGUAUAGUCGAUAUCGCGCACUCUGAAGAAAGUCCUGGGAAUGAGGUUGAUGUAAAUAUAGCGCACUCUGAAGAAAGCCCUGGACACGAAGUUAAUCAUGAGAAGAUAGGAGAGGCUGAGGGACAGAUAGGGUUUGAGCAGGAUAACGAGGGUAAGACAAUACAGGAAGGUACAUUACAGGACGAGAAAGGUGUUGAAGGUACACAGGAGUAGGGCCGAUAUUUCAAUUUGAAAAGCAGACUUAAAACAAGUCUGUUUCACAUGGAGUCUUCACAAAAGUCAGUGGGAAAUUCAGUCCGUGGCAACAGGUCAUGCUCUGCAAAUGUUUAAUGACUGGCAUUAUUCAAACUUUUAGAAAUGUAUUGUCUUUAAAUUCAGAUGCAUGUUUAGCAGCAUAGCAGACCUGUUGCCGUGUACAUUGGAGCUUUAAGUUCGGGCAAACUUGGAAACAAUGUUGGGGAAUCGUGGUUGCUGAAUUAAUAAAAUUCAUUUAUUACGAGCAAAAAUAUGUUUCCCAUUUUCCAAAUGCAGAAACAUUUUGGGGCGAGGGUCCUAUUCGAAUGACCUGAUCGCUCGCGCGGGCACGCUAAGAAAAUUGAAUUGGUCAUUUUUGCUCGCGCGAACAAGGCGGCCGUUAUGUAAACAGCCUUUGUAUUAAACGCUUUUAUGUCAUUUUUACCGUAGUAAAAAUAUUUGACACAUCAAAUUUUUGUAAUAUAAAAUACGCUUGAUAUAGCUCGAUAAUGCAAUAUAUGGAAAAUAGAGAUUAAAAAUAUAUAGUAUUGAAUAUGUUUAAAAUAUUAUUUUUAUUAAUAUUUACAAACUAAACUGGAUAGCUCUAUCAGUUCUAAACUGCGCUUCCU